AAGCUUCCGCUGCAGAUCGGCCGGUCUCAGCUCACAUCUCCCGAGUCGACUCAUUGGUUGUCCUCCAUUUCAAAAGGAGCCCACAGAAUAGGUGACACUAGACUAAAAGAAAGUGCGCGUGGUGAAAUCUCUCCGGUGGAUUGGUCAAUCAUGUCUUCGACUGAGCGGGCAGAACGCUCGAGAGAAAGCAUAGGCAUCUGCUCGGGCGAGCGCUUCCCAAGUACUGAACAAAGUGAUGGUGAGGAUCUGGAAGAGGAAAAGUUGGAGGGCAAUGUCGAUGGAACUUUCGCUCCCAUUAGUGCUCGAGUUCCUUCCCAUGAAGACCGACUACGCAGACAUCAGUCCGCUUCAUCACAUCCCCUCGAGCGUAGUUGGUCCUUGAACGACGGAUACAGCUUCCAUACUACCGACGAAGAAGCCGCUGCGGAGAGAGUCAUUAGUCGGAAAGAAGGAGGUGCUACUGAUGAAACAGAUGACUUGAUAGUCGGUUGGGACGAAAAUGACCCCAUGAACCCCCGCAAUUUCAAUUUGUUAAGACGGUGGCUCGUUGUGAUUAUCUGCUCAUCAGGCUCCCUAUGCGUGACUUGUACUUCAUCAAUGUAUACCGUCACUUACGAUCAGAUCACCAAAGAAUUCAACUGCUCUCGGUUGGUCGCAACCCUCGGCCUGUCAUUCUUCAUCUGGGGCCUGGCGGUCGGGCCGCUUUUCCUAGGGCCUUUGUCGGAGUUCUAUGGCCGAAGACGGAUCUAUAUUUGCUCGUUCACAUUCUUCUUGAUAUGGUUGAUACCAUGCGCCGUGGCCAAAAACAUCCAGACACUAAUCAUCUGCCGGUUUUUUAAUGGUAUCGCCGGGAGCGCAUUUCUCAGCGUCGCCGGUGGCACAGUGGGUGAUCUGUUUGCUCGUCAUGAGCUGAGUGCGCCGAUGAUGCUUUACACGAGUUCUCCAUUCAUUGGUCCCGAAGUGGGCCCACUGGUCGGGGGAUUCAUCAAUCAAUUCACCACAUGGAGGUGGACAUUCUAUGUACUUCUCAUCUGGACAGGCAUUUUGCUAGUCUUGAUUGUCUUCCUCGUCCCCGAAACAUAUCAUCCAGUGCUUUUGAGACGCAAAGCACGGAAGCUUCGCAAGGAGACUGGUGAUGAUAGAUGGCAGGCUCCUAUUGAGAAGUUGCAUCGUUCGGUAGCGCAGACCGUCUUGCGGUCGAUAUACAGACCUUUGCUUCUUCUGACGUUGGAACCGAUGUGUCUGAACCUCUGCAUAUUCUCGGCCAUCCUGUUGGGUAUACUCUAUCUCUUCUUCGGUGCGUUCCAACUAGUCUUUGACACUGUGUACGGCUUCGAGCUGUGGCAACGUGGUCUUUGCUUCCUCGGUCUGUUCGUCGGCAUGCUUUUUGCCAUCUUCUCCGACCCCCUAUGGCGCCGCAAUUACGUUCUCCUGGAACUGGAACACGAAAAGGCUGUGGGAAGGUCUGACGAUUUUCAACCCGAGUGGCGGCUACCCCCAGGUAUGUCUAGUCCGUGCAUAGCUCAGGACGGUGGCUCUAACCGACUCAAUGCAGCGAUUGCUGGGGGGCCGCUUGUCACCAUAGGGUUGUUCAUCUUUGCCUGGACAAUCUAUUCUCGUGUGCACUGGAUUGUACCGCUCAUCGGCAGUGCGUUCUUUGGAGCGGGGACCAUUCUGGUGUUCUCGGGAGUCUUCACGUUCUUGGUUGAUGCGUACCCAACCUAUGCUGCAAGUGCUCUGGCGGCCAACAGCUUCGCUCGUUCCAUUUUUGGCGGUGUUUUCCCUCUUUUCGGGAUACAGAUGUACAAUAAUCUCGGAUAUCACUGGGCAACCUCCCUGCUUGCAUUUCUGACGCUUGUCAUGGCUCCAUUCCCGUAUAUCUUUUUCCGCUACGGUAAUCGGAUCCGGCAGAAGAGCCGAUUUGCUGCGCGGUAGAUACCCACCCCAUUGCGACCAAGGUAUACAUACCUAUGAUGCAGCGCAUACUCUUUCACUUUGUACAAUCCCCAAACCCUUGAGGGGCACGUGCUCAAGAGUCGGUCAACGAUAGCCACAGCGACAUUCAUCAUAAUAGACAUGCAUACACGGG